AGGGGGGAUAAAUCUGACCUCGUGACUGGGGAAGUGCGUUGCCCGGAGCGCCGACUGCGUCGCAGAGGCGGAGGUGCUGGAGCGGUCGGGGUGACCUCGACGUUGAUGACGUAGAAAAUUGACGAAUUGGAAUUCGUAUAGAAGCAACUGAAAGGCCCUGGUCUUUUUGAUUGGUGAAUAUUUGUGAUAUUUGGGCUCGGGAAUCCAGAUUUUUUCCAACAUCCUUGAGACUCGUGCUUCUUGAAGUAUCAGGCAAUGGAAUGGGCAAAGAUAGGGGUACAGGUUGUCAGCAUGAUGUACCGUUCCCAAAGGAUUUUAACAAAGGUCACCCUGAAACAUCAAAGAGAGAUGCGACAGCUCAUAAUCAAAAACAAUUUACUGAAAAAAGGUCUUAUGGAAAUAGUAGAGGGGGAAAUAGCAGAGGAUUUGGACAAAAUAAUACACAACAAUCAUCCCAAAAUACACAACAAUCAUCUUCUUGGUUUGGAUUGUGGGGUUCUAGUUCUAGUUCAAGUUCAGGUAAUGUAAAAACCAAUUACAAUGGUUCUGCGAAUUCACGUGGUUCCUCAGGAAGAGGCAAUUAUUCUCACUCUAGAGGCAGGGGUGGUGGUAGAGGGAAUGGAAGAGGAAGAGGUUCAUCUCGUCAGUGAGGAGAAGUGAGAAAUAUCACAUGCUUUUACCAGGUAUAACCUUUGAAAUAAAUGAUGCUGAAUAAAAAUUGCAGUUAAUGAUGGUGGCUAUUUCAGUAGAUUUCAGUGAAGUCAUUUGGUAAAAAAUGUUUACUUAUGUUAGUAUGAACAUUUUUAAAAAUUUCAGUAAACAUUUUGAAACAAUACAUAAGACAGUUUCACAAACUAAGAGUUAUUAGAAAACGAGGAGAUAUUUGAAUGAAGAUUUUGAUAUAUAUCUUGUCGCUGUAAUUUUGUAUACCCUGACACUGAUUUUGUAUAUCUUGUUAAAUUUCUGUAUCUUGUUUGAUAUAUAUCUUGUCACUCUGAUUUUGAGUAUGUAACAGUGUGGUUGGGAAUAAAUGCUUUUUUACUCUCUCCCUCUCUCUCUGAAUUAUUAAUUAUGAAAGGUGCAUUUUCACAAGCAAUGAAGAAUGUCAAUAAGAAAUAGCACAAAUAUGUUGACAUAGGUAUUUUUGGGGAGAAAAUAUUUCUUUCAGUUGAUAAUUGAUUUUCCAUUAUUUUCUCAUUGAUUUGACCGUAAAUUCUAUCAUUAUUGUAAGUAAAUAUUUGCAUAUAUUGUAAGUAAUUAUUGUAAGUAAAUAACAAUGGUGCUGACGAGAAAGGAAGGAAAGGAUGGCAUUUUUCACUAUUAAGAAAAUAUAACUCUUUAAAUGAAGUGCUCACAAUUCUUUUACCUCUUGCUUCUAAUAAAAAAGUAAAUUGGAAAAAAAAUAUAUCAAAUGCAUUUAUUCAUUACAGUUUAAGCUAUAAAUAUAUAUAAAGAUAAACUUCAAAUUGCCCAAUAAAUACAGAGAAUAACAAAUGUAAAAAAUAAUUUGUAAAAUUAAAUUUAAAAAAAGUCAUUUCUUGUAUUACAAUAAUUGCCCUGAUAAUUGUAGUAUUGGGUAUGGUAAUUGAUAAUUAUUAAAUUAUUAUUUCAAUAUUAUGCAAUUUUUGUUAACCCUAUAGGCCUAGAUGUUUAAUGAAACAUAAUUUAUAUUAAUUAGUCAUUACAUUGUGAUUAAUGCAAUAGGAGUGAAAAAGAAUCAUGAAAAAGAAUCUCAAACCUAAACGCACCAGUGAGAAAAAUUUGUAAAUUACUUCUCUCUUCCAAGUAAAAUUGUUAAUGGCCAGACACAUUUCGGAUGACAUGCCUACCGUGCAAGAGUGUCUGGAACUGUGAAUGUGUGAAUAUAAUGAAAUUAAUUAAUUUGCUAAUAUGGAAAUAGACAAAUCAUGCUGGUGCUUUGUUCACAGACUAAUGAGUGGUGACAAUGAGUUUAAUUACUGUAUUAUAGAUGUUAAAAAUUUAUUGUGGCAGGAUAACUUCAAAUAGGCUAUUUGAGUUUUUUAGGGGUGGAUCCAUUGAAAAGCGAAGAGAAACAAUUAUCAGAAGAAUCGUGAUUUAUAAAAACGUGCUUUUUCUCCUCAAAAUAUUAUUAAUGGGGAGAAGCAUGCAACAAUACAACAGUAUAAGUGUUAUAUGAUUAAUAAACAUUUUAAAAGAUUUAAUAAAUAACCUUACUGGUAAUGGCAAUGAUAAUCUUCCCUCCACUUUAAUAAGUCAUCCAUAGUUGGCUGAAUGAAGAAAAAUAUUUGACAGAAGAUUUCUCAUCAACAUUAAUGAUGUUAGUUAUUGUUGUAUUUAGAAGAAUUUCUUUAAGUUACAAGGUGUUUAUUUAAAUGUAGAUACAAAGGUGGUACCUCUUUUGGUAAAUUAUUUACAAACGAAUCUCUUUGUAUGUGUCAAACUAUUUCCGUAACAGAUGAUUUUUGAUUUUGAAUGUGCAGUAUUUUGAUACUUCAUGAUAAACUUGUCCUUGAAAACUUGCAGUUUUCUGCAAUAUAAAUACCUAGUCUCUGAAUUUAUUUGUUUCCAACCACUUCAAAAACUCAGUUAAGUGUACAUUGAGUUAUUGGAGUAAUGACUUUUAUCUGACCUUUUACACAGAUACGCUUUAUCUAUGAAUAGGUUCUUAAACAUAGUAUAUUUUAUUUGUAGACAAGGCAAGAGGACAUGCAACAUUUACACCUUUCAAACAUUUGUAACAUAACCUUUUUUGCAUUGCAUUUAUUUUUGUGAAAAAAAUAAGCGGGAUUGUUGAAAAUUCAUUUAAUCAAAAUAAAUUAAUAUUGAAGACUAAAACUCUGUAGAUUUUGGUCUGAAGUAGAUUUAUAUUUAUUCAGUCAAAAACAAAAGAAACAGUAAAAACUGUAUGUGACGUAGGGGGAAAAGAUUAUCCACGCAUGUUUUCUUGAGUUCCAGAAUCCCUUCCUGUCAUUAUAAC